GUCGUCGUCGCCGCCGCUCACUGCCAGUGUUCUGCUCGCCGCGCUCAGUACGGUCGAUCGUAUUGCGAUUUAAUACGUGGUGGAGACUCGCACAUGCGAGAAGUUUGCCAAUGUGCCAAUAGAACCAGCCACGAGACUUCGAUGUGACUCUCCGUUUCUUCGACUGUCUGCAAAACUGUCGAUAGCCGUUCUGCAGGGAAGCAGAGGUUACAUAAAAGGUCCACCCUGUUUGAAUAAUGAAACUACUUGCGGGCGUAGAGGAAGUUAGCGACCACUGUGAAAAAGAGUCUAAUAAUGGUCAACUGCACAACAAUAAUAGUCAUGAAAAGCAAUCUGAAUUGGUUCAAGAAGCAAGCAAGCCGCUUGUCAAUAAGAAGGUAUGCGACGAUUCGGCAACCAAGGAAGAAGUUAUACCGGAGGAGGGAAAAGAUAUGAGACGAUUGCUCCGGUUCGAAGAGGCGCCCGAGUUUCUUCAAUAUAAUCCUUACAUACGGCGUGGUUACCGAGGUUGCUUGACUACCAAACUAUGCCUCGAAAGCAUAUUUUGGUGGACAAACGAGACCGUGAACAUAUGGAGCCACAUCUUUGGCUGGAUGCUUUUCUUUGGUCUGACCCUAUACGAUCUCUGUCUGUUGAAUAUUCACGCGCCGUUCAGUGACAAAUUGAUCGUGUCCCUGUUACUUCUUUGUUUUCAGAUAUGUAUGAUCCUUUCGUCCGUAUAUCACACGUUUUCGUGUCGAAGCGAAAAGGAUUAUUGGUGCUUCCUAUCUUUCGACUUGUUCGGUAUUGCUCUGAGCAUGUUGUCGAUCUACUUGUCUGGUGUCUAUUAUGCUUUUUGGUGUCACAAGGAGUUACAAUGGUUCUACCUGAUAACUGUGUUCGCAAUCUUCAUUUUCGCGAUGAUACUGCAGAUACCGAGUCUGAAUAUCAACGGUAACAUUAAGCUAGCCGUGUUUGUGUGCUGGGCGAUAUAUGGAGUGCUGCCAACGCUGCAUUGGACCAUCGCAAUGGGUGGCUUCGAUAAUCCGAUCGUUAAGUUGCUCAUUCCGAGAGUGAUAGGAAUGUACAUUAUUAACGCGAUAGCAUUUGCGUUCUACAUGUUCAAGAUACCCGAACGUUUUUGCCCGGGCUGGGUAGACUAUAUCGGUUCGUCGCAUCAAUGGUGGCAUGCAUUGGUGGUGCUAGCUCUGUAUUACUGGCAUAACAGCGGAAUGCUUUAUGUGGAAUACAGAAUGAAUCAUGGAUGUCCAAGCAGUAGGCCAUUAUGACAUACGGAUUCCGACGGCCAGCCAGCAUCCGUUCUCGCCAUGGAUUGUGCUUGCAUGAUGAAGGCUUGGUCGUCUCUGAUUGCCGAACCGCCGUUUUACGGUAUCUUAAAGAAUACAUCUUGCGAGAUACAAAAUCCAUUGCGAGUAUAUGCGUAUCGAUAGUUUCGAUAUAUGUUUAGGAAAUAUAGAUUUUUAAGUGCAAAGAGAUAUUUGCUGUGGAUAUUAUUUGCAAUGUUUUGUAGCUCUAUUUAUAUUCAUUCAACAUUAUUAUUUAUAUUUGUUUUGCAAGAAUAUAAAUGAUAUAACUAAAGGAUAAAUAAUUUUAUCCUAAACCGCGUUCUUUUUUUAGAUCCUUAAUCCUAGCAGGAUUAAAGAUAAGUCAGUAUUAAUUAAUCAAUCAGUGUCAUUAAAAAUAUACUUUAAAAUUAUAAUUCUAAAUAAAAAAUAUAUUUAAUGGUAUAAAUAUAAAUCUUUUGUAUUAGACUUUUUAUAUAAAGAAAUUUUAAUUAACUGAAUUUAUUAAGAGAUUUAUAAACAAGUCUUUAAAAAUUAUAACAACGAAGAGAUGAAAUUUUGUAGCCGGUUCCUGUUGGGGUUGAGUCUUAAUUUUGAUUUUUGAGAUAUAUUUUUGUUAAAAUUAUAUGUCCUUUAUACAUUUCAAGAAGACUAGAACGUUUCGAAUUGUUCGAUAUGGAUUAAUAAGAAUUUAGCGUUUUUGUGACACUUUUUUAUAAAUAUUUUAAGAAUAAUAUUAGAAAAAUAUUGGGAUGUUAUCUGUGGGUUUAUCUGACGCGAAAAAAAGUCUUUCUCCUUCAUUAUAUGAGAGUCUACUGAUAUUGAACGCGCGACGUAUUUCGUAAGAAAAUAUCAACGAGUGAUUAUUAAUAUGUUCGGAGAGUGACAUUGACGAUUGCUUUUGCAAUGCGGCCAAAAUUGGGAUGUUAUGCAAUUUCGCAAACCAUCAAACUUCCAACGCAUACGUACAAUUCGUACAUUUUCCAACUCGCAUGCAAACGGGACAGGUGUAUUAAAUAAGCAUAACGAUAUCAGACACAGUACGUAUCUACCUGACUGAUUUCAAUAAGAAUCUCGUGUUUUGGAGGUGGCCUUUUUAUACAAUAUUAUAUAAGUUUCUGUAGGUGGUAACGGCUGUAAUGUUGAAACAAUGUUGUUCCCUGAAUUGUUGAAAAUAAAAGAAAUUUUAUUUUAUUU